AUGGCUUUGGUUCCAGAAGUCCUCUGGGCACAGCGCUCCUCCGCAACCGACCCCGAGAAGAACUAUCUCUACGUAACCAUCACCGUACCCGAUGUGCAAGCCGCGAACCUCAAGCUGGACGUCAAGCCCACAUCCGUAAAGUUCGCCGGGCACUCUGACUCCCUAAAGAAAGACUACGCCCUCGAGCUCGAGCUCUACUCGGAGAUCGACGAGGGGCACACAAAGGUGAACCACACGGCCAAGAACGUGCAGCUGGUCCUGAGAAAGAAGGAGCUGAAAGAGGAGUUCUGGCCACGUCUGUUGAAGGAGGCGAAGAAAGUGCACUUUUUGAAGACGGAUUUCGAUAAGUGGGUUGAUGAGGAUGAGCAGGAAGACGCUCCUGAGGAUGAUCUAGCUGCAGGAGGUAUGGGUGGAAUGGGUGGUAUGCCAGGAAUGGGUGAUAUGAGCUCCAUGAUGGGCGGCGCCGGUGGUGAUUUUGGUGGAAUUGAUUUCUCUAAGCUUGGCGGAGCAGGAAUGGGUGGUGAGGAGGGCGAGGAAGAGGGAGAGGAUGAGGAUGACGAGGAUAUGCCAGAGCUUGAGGAAGACGACGAAGCAGCUUCUUCAAGCAAACCUACCUCCAAGAUUGAGGAGGUCAACUGA